AAAUGUGGUUUAAGAGACAAUUCAAUCACUUUCUUAAAUAUCAUCAACUUUAUACAAAAACUUUGUUUAGACAACAAUGUGCACAAUAUAAUUUAAACACAAUACCACAUAUUCCAGAACCUGAGUAUAAUAUUGAUUUUCUAUGUAAUCCAUCUAAUCGAGAUAUUAUUUUUAAUAAUAUAUUAAUAAGAAAAAGUAUUGGAGAUAUUGAUAAAGUUCUUGAACUUUCAAAAAAACCAGAACAAAACGAAUCUUUUUUACACGAGUUAAAUAAAAUACCAAAUCAAACAGAUCCUACAAUAUUAUCUUAUAAAGAGCCAAAGAUUUUGAAAGAAUGUGGGACUAAGCCACAAUUUAAUUUUGAGUUACAAAAAUUUGUAUCAUUAGUUACAAAACUAAAUGCAUUAAAAAUGCAAUCUUUGGGGCCCUUAAUAGGACAACGGGGAUACUUACUUCUUGGAGAUUUAGCAGAAUUAGAAGAAGCAUUGGUUCAUUAUACAGUCAAAAAGUUAAUGAAACAUGGUUUUAAAUUUGUUUCUGUACCUGAUAUUAUUCCUACUGAAGUUAUAGAAAGAUGUGGAUUGUUAAAAGAUAGUGAAAGAACUCUUGUAUAUAAUUUAAGUUCUUCUUAUGGAGAAAAUUACAGUUUAUCUGGAACAGCAGAAAUGUCCUUAGCUUAUAAAGUAAUGAAUACGAUAUAUGAUUCUGAAGAUUUACCAUUAAAAAUUGCUGCUGUGAGUAGGUGUUUUAGAGCAGAAGUAUCUAAUCUUGAGGAAGAAAGAGGUUUAUAUAGGGUUCAUCAGUUUACAAAAGUUGAAAUGUUUGUAUGUUCAAAACAAGAAGAGUCUACAAAUCAAUUUCAAGAACUUCAAGAAAUUCAAGAAGAUUUAUUUUCUUCUUUAAAUUUACAUUUUCGAAUAAUUGAUAUGCCACCGCAUGAUUUAGGGUCUCCAGCAUACAGAAAAGUAGAUAUAGAAAGUUGGAUGCCUGGAAGAAAAUUAUAUGGAGAAAUAUCUAGCUGUAGCAAUUGUACAGAUUAUCAGUCACGCCGACUUGGUAUAAAGUAUAAAACGAAAAAUGGAGAACUAUUACAUGUUCAUACCUUAAAUGGAACUGCAUGUGCUAUACCUCGCAUGUUAAUUGCACUUUGUGAAUCAUAUCAAACAAGUCAUUCACGUAUUAAAAUUCCGGAAAUUUUAAUACCUUACAUGAGAGGAAAGACACUUAUUUCUAAACAACAAAUUGCAAAUAUGAAACUCCAUAAAUAUAAACAGAUUUAA